AGGAUUGAAACACUACUUUAUGGAAAAAUCGUUUUAUCAGGCGAAAGUAGUGCUAUGUCCUUUCUUUCAUCACUUCGUAUUCGGUGCCAGCGCUGUAGUGAUUUUCCUCGAAGGGUUGUGAAAUCAUUGUGUAUUGAGGGCGAUGUACUUCUGAGUACGGCCGCAGAGAUCCUUUCGCUCUGCAGCGGUACCACCAAUCUUGCGUUAUGGAUUGCGCCAUCGGACUUCAAUGGAAUGACAAAUCCUCUGCUGCAGCCCUUGAAUAACCUCCCCCUAAUGUCAUUAUCACUUAGUAUAUCUUUAAUUUUUCGUCACACCGAAUUUGUCUCCCUUUCGGCUUUCAAGGCUUUCAGUACAGUAACGCAUCUUGAAAUUCUCAAUGGCUGGGUGCUAUGGAACUCUACCAUUGGUCUGGAGUAUCUUGAUGGAUUGACGCACUUGUGUCUACAUAUCCAUACGCGGAGGACCAAGCCAGAGUUGAUAGCGUCCCUUCUCGCUCCCUCACACCUCCAAAUACUUGUUUUUCGCGUCUCAGAAGAUAUCAACGCAGUCCAAACAUUCCUGGAAUUUCAUUCCCUUAGCGACUCUCGCAUCGUGCUGGUAUCUCAGGUUCCCACCGCCUGGGGUGAAUUUGGAGGUGGCGACAUGUCUCUCUGGAAGGGUGCUGAUCAGGUAGUAGAUUGGAGACGCACUAGUACCCAAGGCAUGUCUCUCUAUCUUGCAGGCACACUAUGA